AUGCUUUUCCGAAAUCGUUUUCUGAUCUUGCUGGCUUUGGCAGCCUUAUUGGCCUUUUUGAGCCUCAGCCUCCAAUUCUUGCACUUAAUUCCAGUCAACCCUGUGAAGGAAGAUGGGCUGCACCCUAAGAGCCGAAAGAGAAUAAUGCCUGAUCCACUGACUGAACCGCCUGCCAUUGAUCCUAUUUAUGAAGCACGUGUUUACUGUAAUGUUCCUAGCAUAACUGAACGCAGCAUGGAAGGUCAUGCACCCCAUUAUUUUAAGCUUGUGUCUGUCCACGCGUUGAUUCGUCAUGGGGAUAGAUAUCCACUUUACGUCAUUCCCAAAACAAAAAGACCAGAGAUUGACUGUACAUUGGUGUCUAGCAGGAAGCCAUCUCAUCCUCAGCUUGAAGCUUUUGUUAGGCAUAUGUCUCAAGGCUCUGAAGCCCAAAUGGAUGGUACCCUCAGCAGCCUGCCUCGUUAUCCCAGUCAUUCUUUGUGUGAAAUGGGAGAACUCACACAGACAGGUGUUGUGCAGCACUUACAUAAUGGACAGCUCUUACGGGAAAUUUAUAUAAAGAAACAUAAACUGCUCCCAAGUGACUGGACAGCAAAGCAUCUCUACUUGGAGACAACAGGAAAAAGUCGAACCCUGCAAAGUGGACUAGCACUUCUGUAUACCUUCCUGCCAGAUUUUGAUUGGAAGAAAAUUAACAUAAAACAUCAGUGGAGCACAAUCUUUUGUUCAGGAAGCUGUGAUUGCCCAAUGAGAAACCAUUACCUAGAAGAGGAACAACGCCGCCAGUAUAGCUUAAGGGUGAAAAACAGCUUUUUGGAGAGAACUUAUGUGGACAUGGCAAACAUAGUAGGCAUUCCCACAAGGCAGUUAAGAGCUUCUAACCCAAUAGAUUCUAUGUUGUGCCAUUUUUGCCACAAUGUCAGUUUCCCUUGUACUAAAAAUGGCUGCAUUGACAUUGAUCACUUUAAGGUAAUUAAGACACACCAAUUAGAGGAUGAGAGAGACAGACAGGAAAAGAAACUUUAUUUCUGGUAUGCAUUACUGGCUGUUCAUCCCCUCCUUAAUCAGACUGUUAACCGGAUGCAGCGCAUUGCAGAAGGCAAAAAAGAAGAAUUAUUUGUCCUUUAUUCAGCUCAUGAUGUCACCUUGUCACCUGUUCUCAGUGCUUUAGGCAUUACAGAAGCCAGGUUUCCAAGAUUUGCAGCCAGAUUAGUCUUUGAGUUGUGGCAGGAUGGGAAAAAACCCAGAGAACACUUUAUCCGCAUCCUGUAUAAUGGGUUUGAUGUCACAUUCCAGACCUCAUUUUGCCGGGAGCAUAACAGGCAUUCCAGCAAGCCCAUGUGUCCUCUAGAAAAGUUUGUUCAUUUUGUCAAAAGGGACAUGUUUUCAGUUUUUAAUAGCACUAAUUAUUAUGAUGCAUGUCACAGAAGAUCAUUUUAAAAGGAUUGUGUUAAUGUGUGUAUUGUCAUAAGGUGUGUGUGUUUGUAUUGGUGGAGGGAAUGGAGUUCGCCUUUUGGGUUUUCAAAUUCUCUUGUACAUGUCAGUACAAAUUAUUUCUUGAAACCGAUUUUAGCAGUUUUAUUUUCAUCAAAAGACAUUCUAGAUGUUCUGAAGUAGAAAGUAAUUUGCUAGUUUUCUUAGUAUGCAUAUGAACACACUUGCUAAAUUAUCAGUAAUUAAUUGAUAAAUUAAGUGGGCUACUGUAAACUGGACAUUGCUUGAAAAAGUGUGAGAGUAUAGGUUUGGUUCCUUUGUAUUCCAGGGUCUAUUUGGAUAAACACCAUAAUAUCAACAUAGUUUUAAUACAUAAGGAGCAUACUUAAUCAAAAGUAUUUAUGAAUUCCAAGCAUCUGUAUUACAGUCUUGCUAAAGAAAUCCUGUGAUCGAAGCAUCCUUCUCUUUUCCAGCAGGGAAAUGUUAGGGGACAAGUUGGCAGAAAUACAUGUGUGUGUAUUUGUGCAUACACAAAUGUGUGCAUGCUUUUUUGUACACAGUCUUCUGAAAACUUAUCUAUCAGGUAAGUAUAUUGGAUGAAUGGAUAUAAACUUCUGUUCUUGGAUUGCUCUUUCAGCACUUUCAUAAAUAGUUUGAAAACAAUCCAGAAAUGUUUAAGGUUCGGUGACUGUCACCAGAAACAGUGACACAACAGUAAAUACUAAUGUUACAGGGAAAUAAGAACAGUAAAUCAGAUAAUCUAAUGGUAACAUUUUGGAAUCUUUCCUAUUCAUAAUUGUAUUCAUCGGCUGUGGUACAAACCGAUGUGUUUUAGUCUGAUGUAGUGGCUGUGUGAGGUAGAAAGAUGGCUUGACUAAAUGCUCAGAAAUUUUGUAGCCCGAUUAGUAUUUUUAUAAUCUAGGAAGAUGUUAUUUUAUCAGACCAGUCUUGUACAUACUGUGUUAUGUGUAUGUUUAGUGCACUACAUUUUACUUACCUGCUUGGUUUGGAAAGGCCUGUGACAAGCUGAUUUUUUAAGACACUUUCCCUUGAUCAGGUUUAAACAGACUUAAGAACAAACUAGCUUUUAUGGAUGAUUUACCUUGAGCCACCAUAGUAGCUAAGAAAAUUCCAUUUUUAAACUACUUUCAUCUCUUUUGCAUAGUUAAUUCAGAUCCAAUUUUUAAUACAAAUGUUUGAAAAGAUUUUCAUUACUAGAUUAUUACAUUUUAUAAUAGCAGAAUUUUUUACAUGUCUAGAAAUAAUUCUGAUUUAGUUUGUGGUUUGUGACUUAAUGGUGCUAGUAAUCAAAGGAAAUGUAACUGAACAUGAGACUCUCUAACUUGAUUAGCAUCUUUUUCUCUCUCUCUUGUUUUCAAAUGCUGCAUUUGAAUAUGUUUCUAUAAAUAAAGUUUUGG